AUGAACAGAUUUGGAGACUGGGUAGAGACUCUGGAGGGGGCUCUGUCUCAGGUGGUCAGUCCAGGGUGGGAGAGGGUUGUCGGGACAGGCCUGUAUAAAGAAGGCUUCUGGGUAAUUGAAGAAAUACUUUGUGUGUGUGUUGUAGCGUGGGGCUGUGGCCGGCCCGCCCAUCCCCCGGUGCUGAGCAGAGUAGUGGGAGGAAAGGACGUGCGCCCCCACAGCUGGCCCUGGCAGGUGUCUUUUCAGUCUGGAAAGUACGGCCACUGGAGCCAUUCCUGCGGCGGGACCCUCAUCUCCUCGCAGUGGGUGGUGACUGCUGCCCACUGCCUCCUGGAUGGGUACAGUUACCGUGUGCAGCUGGGGAAGCACAGUCUGGAGGAGGAAGAGGACGGCUCCAUCACUCUGAGCGUGGCCAAGGACAUCAAGCACCCCAAGUACCACGACCAUCUGAGCCGAAAUGACAUUGCUCUGCUGAAGCUGGAGAGACCCGUCACCUUCUCUGACACCAUCCAACCUGCCUGUCUGCCACCAGCGGGCGCUGUUCUGCCCGAUGGAGCUCCCUGCUUCGUCACCGGCUGGGGUCGCCUCACCACUAUGGGCCCCGGGGCCGUUAUCCUGCAGCAGGCCCUCCUCCCUGUGGUGUCCUUUGAGAUCUGCUCUCAGGACGACUGGUGGAGCUUCCUCCUCACCAGAGACAUGGUGUGUGCUGGAGGAGAUGGCGUCAAGGGCUCCUGUAUGGGAGACUCAGGUGGUCCUCUGAACUGCCAGGGCUCUGAUGGGUCCUGGGAGGUCCAUGGGGUGGUGAGCUUCGGUUCGGGUCAGGGCUGUAACGUGGUCCAGAAGCCCAGUGUCUUCACAAGAGUCAGCGCCUACAACGCCUGGAUCAGCUCCGUGAGUCAAAGCUUUUACAUCUACUAUGAGCAGGAACUGAGGAAAGGCUGUGCCGGACUGAAGGCAAUAAAACAAGAAUCCACCUGA